AUGUUAUUUAACAAACACUUAAACGGGAUUCGCGGGACCUUGCUGUUAUUUCUCGUAUUAAUUUUUGUAAAGUUUAGUUUCAGUCAAACAGUGCUAAAUACUCCAAAAACUUCUGCAGGUACAGAAACGCUAACAAUAGCAACUUCUACAAAUAUAAUAACACAUGUUCCUUCAUCUUCUAAAGUUACAUCUAUAAUUGUAACAACGCAAGUUUCUAUACCUUCUGUAGUGAUAACGACAACAACGCAUGCUUCUACAACUUCUGUAGUGUCAACGACAACUACGCAAGCUUCUACAACUUCUGUAGUGGAGCCGGCAGUAGCGCAAGUUUCUACAACUUCUGUAGUGGAGCCGGCAUCUACAACUUCUGUAGUGGCGCCAGCAGAAGCACAAGUUUCUACAACUUCUGUGGUGACACCACCAGCAGCACAAGUUUCUACAACUUCUGUGGUGACACCGGCAACAGCACAAACACCUGCAGUUCCUACAGGUUUUACAACUUCUGGAACUUCUGUAACUACAACAACAACGGAGACAACAAUACAAGAACCGACACCUAAUCCUGGAGCGCCGAAAUCGAAUACAAGUUCAUCUUACAAUCCACCUGGAAAAUCCCCAACACUACCACCAACCGAAGCAACAACGAUUAUUAAUCAAUGCACAAAUAAUACGAUGUAUUGUCAUAUAGAUACUAAUACAAAAGUCACUGGAAAAAUAUUUACAAGUACAGCAACAGAUCAAAAGAUUACUCUAACCCCUUCUUAUGAAAAAACAAUUACAAAAUUCACAAUUACAACGUUUAUACAAACUAUUACUCAGGUAUAUCCAGGAUAUACAACUACUAUAACUACUAACAUCAAUGGAGUGGAAUCGACAUAUGAAACAUAUUAUCCACCAAGUACUUUAGUUGUGAUGCAGACAGUAACUGCUUCUGUACCUGCUAUUGAAGCAGGACAAUCUAGUAAUAUUGGCAUUAAUUUCAGAGAUUAUAAUGGAUUAGUAAAUAUUAUUUGGAGUUUGUGGAUUAUAAUUUGGAGUUUAGUAUAUAUGAUUUUAACUUGA